GCCGAAAUAACGUUAAAUUAAUUAAACUUUCCAAUACUGAAAUAAUUGCUAUAUUUUUCUUGAAGUUAGGGGCAAAUUUGUAAUUUUACAGUUCAAGAAGUCCGCAAAACUUUGACUAUAAAAUCAAAACCUCGGGGGGGGGCUAUUCGUCUCUCGUAGAACUCAAAUUUCUUCUCAAAUUAACAACAUCACAGCGAGCGAGAGAUAAAUUCGGAGUUCUUCAUUUUCCCGAAUCAAAUCAAUCCUUUCGUCCCAUUCCUAUCAAAUUGAGGUGAAUGAGAAAUGGAGACUAAAGGUGGUAAAAAGAAGUCUAGUAGUAGUAGUAGUAACAGUCUUUUCUACGAAGCUCCUCUUGGAUACAGCAUUGAAGACGUUCGACCAAACGGUGGAAUCAAGAAAUUCAGAUCUGCUGCUUACUCAAACAUCACUCGCAAACCAUCCUGAUAUUCCUCAAUACGUUUUCCUCCUAACCACUUAAUAACCGUGGUUCAUCAAAACGUUCUAGCUUCCUCUUCUGCUUUCAAGACUCUUCUUCCUCUUUACUUACACUCAUCUUUUUGAAAAAAAAUGACGGCCUCUGCUAUUGGUUUCGAAGGAUUUGAGAAACGGCUCGAAAUCUCCUUCUUCGAGCCUAGUGUCUUUCUUGAUCCCGAGGGAAAAGGUCUCCGUGCUCUCACUAAGUCUCAGUUAGACGACAUCUUGACUCCAGCAGUGUGCACGAUUGUUUCCUCGCUCUCAAACUCUCUCGUCGACUCUUACGUCCUCUCUGAGUCUAGCCUCUUCGUCUAUCCUUACAAGAUCAUCAUCAAAACGUGUGGGACUACAAAGCUUCUCUUCUCGAUCCCACAUAUCCUUAACCUUACUGGUUCACUUUCCCUCGCGGUGAAAUCCGUUCGCUACACUCGCGGCAGCUUCAUUUUCCCUGGAGCUCAAUCAUACCCUCACCGAAGCUUCUCAGAGGAAGUUGCUUUACUCGAUGGCUAUUUCGGUAAGCUAAGUUCAGGAAGCAAAGCUUUUGUGAUGGGAGGAUCAGUUAAUAACCCUCAGAGAUGGCAUGUCUACUCUGCUUCAAAUGAAGCUGUUGCUGGUGACAAACCGGUUUAUACAUUGGAGAUGUGCAUGACUGGUUUAGACAAGAGAAAGGCUUCUGUGUUCUUCAAAACCCAUUCUGUUUCAGCUUCUGAGAUGACUAUUAGCUCAGGGAUCAGAAACAUCCUCCCAAGCUCUGGAAUCUGCGAUUUUGAGUUCGACCCGUGUGGUUACUCGAUGAAUUCUAUCGAAGGAGAUGCGGUUUCCACCAUCCACGUGACGCCGGAAGAUGGUUUUAGCUAUGCAAGCUUUGAAACAGUUGGGUAUGAUCUCAAAGCUUUGAGCUUUAAGGAGUUGGUUAAUAGGGUUCUUGUUUGUUUUGGACCGGGAGAGUUCUCUGUUGCGGUUCACGCUGAUGAUCUUGGAACCGAGGUUUUGGCGCGUGACUGUGUGGUUGAUGUGAAGGGAUACUUGAACCAAGAGAGAGGAGUAGAGGAGCUCGAGCUUGGAGGUUCGGUUCUUUACCAGAAGUUUGUCAAGAAUGUUGAAUGUGGCUCACCGAAAUCGACUCUUGGGUUCUGUUGGAAAGAGGAAGAAGUGCUUAAAGAACAAGAGUGAUCCAUUUUCCUUUGAUUUUUGUUUUUUUCGAAUAAGAGAAAACUGUAGAUCUCUCUAAAGUGCAAAUGUUUAUGUUCUGAUGAAAGCAGUUCUUGUUUUUGUGUUUGUGUUUUUGAAGUCUGCGAUUGCGUAACCAUCAAGAUUUUAAGUUCUAAGCUUUGUUUGUGUUUGAAGAUCUUAAAAUGUUGUUUACUCUAAAAUUCUAAUAUUCUAUGUUAGUUUUGAUAUUACCAAUA